AUGGCUCUCCCGUCCCGUCUCGCCCGCUCUUCAGUCCGCCGCGCCGCCUUCCAGCAUGCACGCUGGUCAUCAUCGGCAGCGAAGCCCUUGUCCCUCAAGGAGCGUCUCGCAGAGCUUAUCCCCGCCGAGAUCGAGAACGUCAAAGCCAUCCGCGCCGCCCAUGGCAAAAAAUCAUUUGGCCCCGUCCUCGUCGACCAGCUCUAUGGUGGUAUGCGUGGUCUGCCCGCCCUCAUCUGGGACGGCUCCGUUCUUGACGCAGAGGAGGGCAUUCGCUUCCGUGGCAAGUCCAUCCCCGAGAUUCAGGCCGCCCUCCCAAAAGCGCCUGGCGGUUCAGAGCCCCUUCCCGAAGGUCUCUUCUGGCUCCUCGUCACCGGCGAAGUACCCACCCAGGAGCAGGUCGCCGAGCUCUCUCGCGACUGGGCUGCUCGUGCCGCCAUCCCCGAGUUCGUCGAGGAGAUCAUCGACCGUUGUCCCCCGACUCUCCACCCCAUGAGUCAAUUCAGUUUGGCUGUCACUGCCCUUAACCACGAUUCGGCCUUCGCCAAGGCUUACCAGAGUGGUAUUUCCAAGAAGGAGUACUGGGGACCGACUUUCGAGGAUGCCAUGGACCUCAUCGCCAAACUCCCAAACAUCGCGGGCCGCAUCUACCGCAACGUCUUCGGCCAGGGCAAGCUUCCAGCCAUCGACCCCGCCAAAGACUACUCCCACAACCUUGCCACUCUCCUGGGCUUCGGCGAGAACCCGGCCUUCGUCGAGCUUCUCCGUCUCUACAUUACCAUCCACAGCGACCACGAGGGCGGUAACGUCUCGGCCCACACCGGUAAACUCGUCGGCUCGGCUCUCUCCGACCCUUUCCUCUCCUACGCCGCUGCUCUGAACGGUCUUGCCGGUCCCCUCCACGGUCUCGCCAACCAGGAGGUCCUCGUCUGGCUGCGCAAGAUGCAGACUGCCAUCGGUGAGGACGCCUCCGACGAGGCCGUCAAGGAGUACAUCUGGUCUACCCUCAAGAGUGGCCAGGUCGUCCCCGGCUACGGCCACGCCGUCCUCCGCAAGACCGACCCGCGCUACACCGCCCAGCGCGAGUUCGCCCUCAAGCACCUCCCUGACGACAAGAUGUUCAAGCUCGUAGGCCAAAUCUACAACCUCGUCCCCGACAUUCUCCUCGAGGCCGGCAAGGCCAAGAACCCCUGGCCCAAUGUUGAUGCCCACUCGGGUGUCCUCCUCACCCACUACGGCCUUGACCAGAUGCAGUACUACACUGUUCUCUUCGGUGUCUCGCGUGCGUUUGGUGUUGCUGCGCAGCUGAUUUGGGAUCGUGCCCUCGGUGCUCCUCUUGAGCGCCCCAAGUCAUACUCGAGCGCUGCUAUCCAAAAGAUGUUCAAGGACAAGCCCUAA